AUGAUGAUGAUUGUUGCUGCUGAGGCUCCUGAGUCCAGAUUGAUCAACCAGAAGUGCAAGCACCUACUGUGGCCUUUCACACUUCACCAGUUGAGCUCGCACAACAAGCUCGAUCGGCAGCUCGAUCGACCAGUUGAUACAUCAUCAGGCCGCCUACUCAGUCAAAACCAUAAGGAAGUGAUUCACAAGUUCAGAAGAGACCUAAGUGAGAUUGGAGUUGAGUUGCCUUCUAUGGAAAGCAUGAGUGAGGCCUUUGAGCAAAUGAAGUUGAUUCAAGAUGUUCUGGCUCACAAGGACAAGUUUUCUGAGCUUCUAAAGAUGUCUACUCCCCAAAUCAACCUGCUUACCUCACCCACUUUCUUACCAAAGGUGAAGGAUCAAGGGAAGUUCACUCUCCCUCGCACACUUGGGCAUAUUGAGGUUGACAAUGCCUUGGUGGAUUCUGGUGCAAGCAUCAACCUCAUCUCACUCACAAUGGCAUAA